GUAGCUACUGUAGAUUUAGCCUGACCUAACCCAGCCUGGUCGCUCAGCGCAGUAUCGCUGCCGUCAACUGUGUCGUCGCGCGGUGCUACAGGAAAUGACGCACAUAUCGCCGGCAACUCCGUCUUGAUAAACCGAGGCAGCUCCUGGAUACUAAUAAUUUCCCCCUCGAUACGUCCAACAAGCGUCAAUUCAGAUCGGUCUUUCCGCUUCGCAGGGCGACGAUGCCCGUCACCUUUGGCGGCGCCUUCUACCUGAUCCCUAACGCAAACCCUAGCAAGUAUCACCAGUAGAUUAUCUAAGAACCCUAAGCUACAGAGGCGACUCGCCGCCAACAUGUUGUUGGACGAGUCCUCCCUCUCCCGCCAUCCCCAUCACCGUGCCUACAUCGCCUCCUCCAUGAGCGCACCCUCAUUCCCGACCUUCUCCGGCAGUGCCGGAGGCGACAAGUCGAGCCCCCUCCGCCCCUCUCCUUCCUCCACAUCCUCUUCAUCCGUUUCUCGCAUUCACACCACACCCUCAUUCGCCUACAACGGUCGCAUCGCACUUGCCCUCGUCCCAGCUGCCGCCUUCCUCCUCGACCUCGGCGGCGCUCCUGUCGCCGUUGUUCUAACCGUUGGCCUAAUGGUCGCGUACAUGCUUGACUCCCUCCGCCUCAAAUCUGCAGCCUUCUUUGCGGUCUGGUUCUCCCUAGUCGCCUCUCAACUUGCUUUCUUUGCCUCCGCCUCCUCUUCCCUCGCGGCCUCCUCCUCCUUCUCAUCGCUCCCCCUAACUGCACUAGCACUCCUUCUCUGCGCCGAGACUAAUUUCCUCAUUGGCUUAUGGAUCUCCCUUCAGUUCCGCUGGAUCCAGAUUGAGAAUCCUUCAAUCGUGGCCUCUCUAGAGCGCCUACUCUUCGCUUGCAUCCCAGUAGCCACCCCUGCAAUCUUCACUUGGGCCGUAGUCUCUGCCCUUGGCAUGGUUAAUGCUGCCUACUACUUCUUGGCCUUUGUCUGCAUGUCAUAUUGGCUCUACUCGCUACCCCGCUCCUCGUCCUUCCGGUCCAAACACGAGCCUUCCACAGACUCCCAAAUACUUGGCCCCUUGGAGAGUUGCAUCCAUACCCUCUACCUUAUCUUCGCUCCCGUUCUUUUCCAUGUCGCCUCCCACCACUCGACAGCCUUGUCUUCCGUUUCCUCCAUUUGCGAUCUACUGCUGCUCUUUUUCAUACCUUUCUCGUUCCAGCUUUAUGCUUCCACAAGAGGGGCGCUCUGGUGGGUCUCCAAGGAUGAGUUUCAGAUUCGGAGGAUCCGGGUGGUGAAUGGAGCAGUGGCAAUGGUGUUUGUUGUGAUCUGCCUUGAAGUCAGGGUUGUGUUCCAUUCUUUUUCUAGAUAUGUACAUGCUCCGCCCCCUCUAAAUUACCUCCUAGUAACGGUUACUAUGCUUGGAGGGGCAGCAGCAGUGGGCUCUUACGCUCUUGGCAUGGUUGAUGAUGCUUUAAGUUCUGCAGCUUUCACAGCCUUGGCUGUUUUUGUUAGCGGAGCCGGCGCCCUUGUCAUUGGUUUUCCCUUACUGUUCAUCCCUCUUCCACUGAUAUCUGGGUUUUAUUUAGCACGAUUCUUUACAAAGAAAAGCUUGCCAUCAUACUUUGCUUUUGUAACAUUAGCAAGCCUCAUGAUAUCAUGGUUUGUUGUGCGUAACUUUUGGGAUCUCAAUAUUUGGAUGGCUGGUAUGGAUUUAAAAUCUUUCUGUAAAUUGAUCCUGGCAAGCGCAAUCCUCGCUAUGGCCAUCCCUGGUUUGGUUCUCUUUCCGCCUAAAAUAAGAUUCUUAACUGAGCUCAGCCUAAUUGGUUAUGCUUUACUGCUUUGCUAUAUAGAAGAUCGGUUCUUCAACUAUACAAGUAUAUAUUAUUUUGGAUUUGAUGAUGAUGUUAUUUAUCCUAGUUAUAUGGUUGUGAUGACGACCAUUUUGGGCUUUGCUUUAAUAAGGAGGUUGGCUUCAGAUCACCGUAUUGGGCCAAAGGCUCAAUGGAUUUUAACCUGCCUAUUUUCUUCGAAGUUGGCAAUGCUAUUUAUUUCCUCAAAGUCGGUUAUGUGGGUAUCAGCAGUUCUGCUUUUGGCAGUUUCCCCACCUUUACUACUUUAUAGGGAUAGAUUGAAAGGAGCUUCAAAGAUGAAAAUUUGGCAAGGUUAUGCUCAUGCUUGUGUAGUAGCUAUAUCUGCUUGGUUUUGUAGGGAAACCAUUUUUGAAGCUCUUCAAUGGUGGAAUGGAAUGCCUCCAUCAGAUGGUCUGCUUUUGGGAUCUUAUAUACUCUUGACUGGAAUUGCUUGCAUACCAAUUGUUGCGCUUCACUUUUCACAUGCCCAGCCGGCAAAGAGAUUCCUGGUGCUUGUGGUGACCAUGGCCCUCUUACUUAUACUUUUGCAGCCUCCAAUCCCUUUAUCUUGGGCAUUUAGGUCAAACUUGAUCAAAGCAGCUCGUCAGUCUUCUGAUGACUACUCUAUAUAUGGUUUUGUGGUUUCCAGGCCUGCAUGGCCUUCAUGGCUACUUAUAGCAACAAUAUUACUAACAUUAGCAGCAGUUACAAGCAUCAUUCCCAUCAAGUAUAUUGUUGAAUUGAGAGCAUUUUAUGCAGUUGGAGUUGGGAUUACGCUAGGCAUCUAUGUGUGUGCAGAAUACUUCUUUCAAGCCGUAAUCUUGUAUCCACUUAUCGUAGCAACCAUAGUCUGCGCUUUUGUCUUUGUAGUUUUCACGCACUUUCCAUCCGCAUCAAGCACCAGAAUCUUACCUUGGGUUUUCGCUCUCAUGGUGGCUCUCUUACCUGUAUCAUACCUAAUGGAAGGGCAUCUCAGGGCAAAGAACAUUGUUGAUGACACUGAACCUGACAAGUUUAGCACCUUGUUGGCAAUUGAAGGAGCAAGGAUGUCACUUUUGGGGCUUUAUGCCAUGCUAUUUAUGCUGAUAUCUUUGGAGAUUAAGUUUGAACUGGCGACCCUAAUGAGAGAAAAAGUUUUUGAAAGAGGAGUUGCUCCGAAUCAGUUCAGUCACAACGUUGGCUUUCAGCCAAAACUGAGGCUUAUGCAACAACGGAGGGCAUCUGCAGCACCUGCUUUCACAAUCAAAAGACUGGCAGCCGAGGCUUCUUGGAUGCCUGCAGUUGGCAACGUCUCAACUGUUCUUUGCUUCAUUAUCUGCCUUAUUAUCAACAUGAGCCUUACAGGUGGUUCAAACCGUGCAAUAUUCUUCCUUGCUCCCAUUCUGUUACUUCUCAACCAGGACUCGGAUAUUCUCGCUAGUUUUGGGGACAGACAGCGUUAUUUCCCGGUGACAUUUGCAAUCUCUGUAUUCUUGCUAUUGAAUGCUAUCUACAGGAUAUGGGAGGAGGUCUGGCAUGGAAAUGCAGGAUGGGGACUUGAAAUUGGAGGACCUGGAUGGUUCUUUGCUGUAAAAAAUGCCGCACUUAUUGUUCUUACCUUACCCAACCACAUCCUCUUCAACCGCUUCAUGUGGGACUAUGUUAAACAGACUGACUCGAUGUUGCUUCUGACUAUGCCUCUUAAUUUACCAUCUAUAAUUAUAACAGAUAUACUUACUGUGAGGAUUUUAGGAUUUCUUGGUGUUAGUUAUUCUCUUGGUCAAUAUCUGAUAUCAAGGAGGAUUAGAAUGGCUGGAAUGAAGUAUAUUUGAAGCAGGCUUAGCUGCCAUUUACUCGAGGUUUUUUGCUGGUUAGAUUCUAACUGGCAAUUUUAAACGGAUAUCUGGAUGAAGUUUAAAUGAUUAAACUGGGACUUCUUUUGUCUGCAUUUUCUGUCUCUUGUGGAGGCAGCUUGUUGAUUAAGCGCACGCCAUGAUAAAUGGUUGAAGACUCAGGUUUUUUGUAGGUAUGCUUUUUGUUUAAAAUUAUGAAGACAAGACUAGUCUGGCGUUCAACCUUUUGUCGUGGUGAGUGGUGCUUGCUGUGAUUUUUUUAGAUAAUUUUAUAUGUUUUUUUAGAACAAUCCGAGCUAUAAAAAUAAAUAAAUAAAAUGAUGUAUUAAUGCUACAGGUUUCUAGCGUACACUUUUUUUGAGCCAGGAAGGGGAAAAAAACUGUACCUUAGUUGAUAUACGGCAUGCCAUAUUACUAAUUUUCUCUUUAGGGUCAA